GCUGGGAGGGAGGAGGACGGAAAAGCGGAAAGAGGCUGGAUUCUCUGCGCGCCAGCCCGGGGGCCUGAUCCAUGGCUCUCGCGACUUCGCGCCGGUGUCUGGUGGACUAAGAGAUGCGCCCCCGGUCCGAGUGGCACACACGCGCGCACACACGCACGCGCGGUCCCGGCUCGCCGGCAGCUCCCUGCUCAGCGCACAUCAGCCUCAACUCCGCGCCCAGGGCGAGCGGGAGCGGGUGCGGAUCCUGAGGGAAGAGGGGAAGGAAUCCCAUCCUCGAGAUACCACCUCAACCUCUGCAUCCGGGAAGAAGCCACAGACUAGCAAGCCACGCCCAUGGCACCCCCUGGCCUGCCACUAUGGCUGCUGUCCACCGCCCUCCUCUCCCUUCUGGCUGGCAGCUCGGCCUUCCUCUCCCAUCCCCGCCUGAAGGGCCGCUUCCAGAGGGACCGAAGGAACAUCCGGCCCAACAUCAUCUUAGUGCUCACGGAUGACCAGGACGUGGAGCUGGGCUCCAUGCAGGUGAUGAACAAGACAAGACGUAUCAUGGAGCAGGGCGGGGCACACUUCAUCAAUGCCUUUGUGACGACACCAAUGUGCUGUCCGUCUCGUUCCUCCAUCCUCACCGGCAAGUACGUCCACAAUCACAACACCUACACCAACAAUGAGAACUGUUCCUCGCCCUCCUGGCAGGCCCAGCACGAGAGCCGCACCUUCGCCGUGUACCUCAACAGCACAGGCUACCGGACAGCUUUCUUCGGAAAAUACCUCAAUGAGUACAAUGGCUCCUACGUGCCACCUGGCUGGAAGGAGUGGGUCGGGCUCCUGAAGAACUCCCGGUUUUAUAACUACACACUCUGCCGGAAUGGGGUGAAGGAGAAACAUGGCUCGGACUACUCCACAGAUUACCUCACGGAUCUCAUCACCAAUGACAGUGUGAGCUUCUUCCGAACAUCCAAGAAGAUGUACCCACACAGGCCUGUGCUCAUGGUCAUCAGCCACGCAGCUCCCCACGGCCCCGAGGACUCAGCGCCCCAGUACUCACGCCUCUUCCCCAAUGCGUCCCAGCACAUCACCCCGAGUUACAACUAUGCACCCAACCCAGACAAGCAUUGGAUCAUGCGCUACACGGGACCCAUGAAGCCCAUUCACAUGGAAUUCACCAACAUGCUACAGCGCAAACGCCUUCAGACCCUCAUGUCUGUGGACGACUCCAUGGAGACGAUCUAUGACAUGCUGGUGGAGACGGGGGAGCUGGACAACACGUAUAUCGUGUACACCGCCGACCACGGCUACCACAUUGGCCAGUUCGGUCUGGUGAAGGGCAAGUCCAUGCCCUACGAGUUCGACAUCAGGGUCCCGUUCUAUGUGAGGGGCCCCAACGUGGAAGCUGGCUCUCUAAAUCCCCACAUCGUCCUCAACAUUGACCUGGCCCCCACCAUACUGGAUAUCGCUGGGCUGGACAUCCCCGCAGACAUGGAUGGGAAGUCCAUCCUCAAGCUACUGGAUUCAGAGCGGCCAGUGAACCGGUUCCACUUGAAAAAGAAGCUGAGGGUCUGGCGAGACUCCUUCCUGGUGGAGAGAGGCAAACUGCUCCACAAGAGGGAGGGUGACAAAGUGAAUGCCCAGGAGGAGAACUUCCUGCCCAAGCAUCAGCGUGUGAAGGACCUGUGUCAGCGAGCUGAGUACCAGACCGCAUGCGAGCAGCUGGGACAGAAGUGGCAGUGUGUGGAGGAUGCUUCCGGGACGCUGAAGCUGCACAAGUGUAAGGGCCCCAUGCGCUUCGGCGGUGGCGGCGGUGGUGGCAGAGCCCUCUCCAACCUGGUGCCCAAGUACGACGGCCAGAGCAGCGAGGCCUGCAGCUGUGACAGCAGCGGAGGAGACUACAAACUGGGCCUGGCUGGACGCCGUAAACUCUUUAAGAAAAAGUACAAGACCAGCUACGCCCGGAACCGCUCCAUCCGUUCCGUGGCCAUCGAGGUGGAUGGUGAGGUGUACCACGUAGGCUUGGAUAGCAUGCCCCAGCCCCGUAACCUUACCAAGCGGCACUGGCCAGGAGCCCCCGAAGACCAGGAUGACAAGGAUGGUGGCAGCUUCAGUGGUACUGGUGGCCUUCCAGAUUAUUCUGCCCCCAAUCCUAUUAAAGUGACCCAUCGGUGCUACAUCCUUGAGAAUGACACGGUCCAGUGUGACUUGGACCUGUACAAGUCCCUGCAGGCUUGGAAAGACCACAAGCUGCACAUCGACCAUGAGAUCGAAACCCUGCAGAACAAAAUUAAGAACCUUCGAGAAGUCCGGGGUCACCUGAAGAAGAAGCGACCAGAAGAAUGUGACUGCCAUAAAAUCAGUUAUCACAGCCAACACAAAGGCCGCCUCAAGCACAAAGGCUCCAGCCUGCACCCUUUCAGGAAGGGUCUGCAGGAGAAGGACAAGGUGUGGCUGCUGCGGGAGCAGAAACGCAAGAAGAAACUGCGCAAGCUGCUCAAGCGGCUACAGAACAAUGAUACGUGCAGCAUGCCCGGCCUCACGUGCUUUACCCAUGACAACCACCACUGGCAGACAGCGCCGCUCUGGACAUUGGGGCCCUUCUGUGCCUGCACCAGUGCCAACAACAACACGUACUGGUGCUUGAGGACCAUCAAUGAGACCCACAACUUCCUCUUCUGUGAAUUUGCAACGGGCUUCAUAGAAUACUUUGACCUCAGUACAGACCCUUACCAGCUGAUGAACGCGGUUAACACAUUGGACAGGGACGUCCUUAACCAGCUGCACGUUCAGCUCAUGGAGCUAAGGAGCUGUAAAGGCUACAAGCAGUGUAACCCCCGGACCCGCAACAUGGACCUGGGGCUUAGAGACGGAGGAAGCUAUGAACAAUACAGGCAGUUUCAGCGUCGAAAAUGGCCAGAAAUGAAGAGACCUUCUUCCAAAUCACUGGGACAGCUAUGGGAAGGCUGGGAAGGCUAAGCGGCCAUACAGAGGAACCUCCAUAACCAGAGGCCUCGUGUGGCUGUCCAGGCUGUG